AUGAUUAAAAAUUUAUUCUUUUCAUUAAAAUUUUCACAAAAUUUCUUUAAAAAUCAGUCAUAUUUAUUCUCAUCGGUUGGGCCUAAUGACCUUAAGGGAGGGAAUGUAAUUCUACAUCAGGGAAUUUACUACGAAAUAAUAACACAACGUCAGUUUAGGCAGGCAAGGGCCGCUGCCUUUUACCAAGUCGAAUGUAUGAAUUUGUUGACUAAGAAGAUGGGCAAUCUAAGAUUUCCAGUCAACGCUAAAAUUGAAAAGAUAUCAUUGGAAAAAAAGAAUAUGUUAGUGCAAUAUUUAGAUAAGAAGGAAGUGUUGGUGGUAGAUGAAAAUUAUGAAGAUAAGCGUAUUGAUUUGAUACAUCUGGAAGAGUAUGCUUCACUACUUGAGCCUGGAACCGAAUUAUCAGUUUACAUGCAUCAGGGUAAUGUUUUGAAAGUUACAGUACCAGGCGAGAUUAUAAGUAAAUUGAGAAAAGCUAAAUAA